UGUUUUUGUUUUGUUUUGUUUUGUGAUAUAAAAAGACGAAAAUAAAUUGGAAAAUUUUUUAUUCAAACAAUAAAAUGGCUGCUUAUCGUAAUAAGAAAUAUGAUUUUAAUGGUAAAGUUGCAUUGAUUACUGGAUCAAGUGCUGGUAUCGGUGCAGCUAUUGCCUGUCAAUUUGCUGAAUAUGGAGCAGAUGUUGUUAUAACUGGUCGUAGCUUGCAAGGUCUAAACCGGAUCGCUCAAAAGAUAAUGAAAAAAACUGAUCGUGAACCAUUGGUAAUUGUCGGUGAUCUACAAACCGAUGAACAUCUUCCAUCGAAAUUGAUUGAUGAAACCAUAAAGAAAUUUGGUCAUCUCGAUAUUUUGGUCAACAAUGCUGGUACAAAUUUUGCUAAUGAUACGUUUGAUAAUCCAGAAUUGAUAACGGAAUUUGAUAAAAUGUUUGCAUUGAAUGUUCGAGUACCGCUAUGUUUAUGUAAAUUGGCUGUCGAACAUUUGGCAAAAACACGUGGUAAUAUAAUCAAUAUUUCAAGCAAUGCCAGUGCUGAACCGAUUUUAUUCACUUACACAAUGUCGAAAGCAGCAUUAGAUAUGUUGACCAAAGGCGCUGCACAAGAUUUAGGCACCAAAGGAAUUCGUGUCAAUUCAAUCAAUCCUGGACCAACAAUAACAAGUAUGGGUCGUUGUCUUGGAAAAGAUGUGCAUCAUUUUGAAAAAUGUAAAGAUAUAUUUGCUAAAUUCACAAUACUGGAUCGUAUACCUUAUCCGGAUGAAAUGGCAAAUAUAGCAUCAUUUUUAGCAUCAAAUGAUGCUGCAAACAUUACCGGUGCAAUCAUUGUUAGUGAUGGCGGUAUGUUGGUGAAAAAACGACAAUUUUUUGCCGAAGUUUAAUAAAAAUUUUAUUGAUUUCAUCAUUUUUAAAAAUCGAUAUUGAUUAAUUUAAUAAAAAACAUAAUUUAUAAUUU